CAAGGCAGAGUUGCUUGGUGCUGUGACCAAUUCAUUUCAAUGGUGGAAGUUUGUGUCUCACAUGACGCUGUAAGCAUGAACGUAGUCGCUUAUUGGAAUGAUCUCCGUUUCCUCUUACUAUUUCAGGAGCUUGAAUGCUCACAUUUGCGCUUGACUAUGGUCUCCUUAAACUUCUGCGUCAGCGAGCGGAUCCUGGACGCAAAUGACCGUCCUUGGGGCCUGCUCAGCACAAUCCGCGUUGAGUCGUGUCGGGCCCUGCAGUUAACCCGGUUCUGUCUGCGGCGAAAAAUGUCGGGAACAUCUACCGUGCCCUUGUUUGUGGGCAAUCUGAAAGAGAAUCUUUCUCAGUGCAUGUAUGAACGACUUCUGACGCGAAAGCUGGGUGAUCAUCUCAAGUGGGAGUCUAUUGAAGUUAUUUAUUACGAGAGCGGAUGCCUCGUGUUAAAUUUCUCUACCUUCGAACUGGCUGAAGAGGCCUAUGAGAAACUUCGGAAUGCUUACAUAAUGGAGCGUCCGCUUGUAGUACUAAUGCUUCCCAAGAUUCUGCCACAUUUUAUUCCAGUUGGUGUACAACCUCUCCUCGUUUUCGUUAAUAUUAAAUCUGGAGGCUGCCAAGGUAUCGAGUUGAUGACUGCUUUCCGAUGUCUACUUAAUCCCUUUCAGGUUUUCAACUUGGACGUAGGGGGUCCUCUGCCGGGCCUUUUCUGCUUUCGUCAGGUGGCUUCCUACCGAUUGGUUGUGUGCGGCGGCGACGGGACCAUCGGGUGGACACUUUCUUGCUUGGACAGUGUAGGUCAGGACGCCGCUUGCCACUCCCCACCCAUCGCCAUCCUUCCUCUUGGCACCGGAAACGACCUUGCCCGGGUCCUUAACUGGGGUUGUGGGUACACCUCGGCUGAGGGUCCCCUCCGGAUACUUAAAAAUAUUGCCGCCGCUGAGGAAGUCCGGUUAGAUAGGUCUGCUUUACACAUUCAAACCAAUUCUCAGAAUACAACUGAAGACAAUUCAUUUUUGGUCAUAAUGAAUAACUACUUUGGUAUCGGCAUCGAUGCAGAUCUCGCUCUUGAUUUUCACAAUGCGCGCUCUGAGAAUCCUUCAAAAUUCAACAGUCGGCUUCACAAUAAGUCUGUCUACUUCAAGAUCGGUCUCCGCAAGAUGGUGAAUCGCUCAACGUGCAAGGACCUGCAUAAAAAGGUUGUCGUUGAAGCUGACGGAAAAGUCCUCGAUCUUCCGCCCCUCGAAGGAAUCGUAGUGUUAAACAUUCUUUCGUGGGGUGGCGGCGCUAACCCUUGGGGCCUCGACAAGGAUGAGACUUUCUUCAAGCCGACCCACUACGAUGGUCUUUUGGAAGUCGUCGGAAUCUGCGGAGUCCUACAUAUGGGACAGAUCUACUCAGGCCUACGCUCUGGCAUCCGACUCGCCCAAGCCGCCCAUUUGAAGAUAAUAAUGAAGUCUGAGCUCCCAAUUCAGGUGGAUGGUGAACCCUUCGUCCAACCUCCUGGACAAUUAACUGUCUUACGCUCCGCUCUUAAGGUAAUUAUUUCAAAUUCCGCUUCUUUGGUUGCUAUCUGUUUUUUCUCAAAAUCCACAAUUUUCAGUACUGCCAAGACCCCUAAUCACGAUCUCUUCCUUUUUACCCACCCUGUUGGUUUCAAGCCAUGCCAACUGCAACUUUGGAUUUAUGGCUAA